GGUCAGGGGCGCCGCAGGAGCAGUGCCGCGACCGGGACGAGGUCACUGCUGGGCGCACGGACCGGUCGCUAGCGGAGGGGCAGCGUGGGGCAAGUGGGGGCGCUGUCCGCCGCCUCGCGGUGCUGGGCCAGCAGCGGCCCGCGCUGGACAGGGUGGGGCGGAGACAGAAGCAGCAGCUGAGAGAACCCAGCCCCGGGCGCCGCGCGGGCCCCGCAAGCGCAGGAGGUGAGCACGCGCCCUUCGUCCGCCCCAGUAGUCCCGGGCGGAGGCCCCAGGACCCCGAGAGGAGGCUUGCAGCAGGCGCGCGGGGGAUGCCCCGUGCCCCCCGCCCCGAGGCGCCGACCCCGCCGGGCCGCCCGCCUUUGGAGUCGUGUGCGCUGCCCCGCGGCCCCGGGCUGCUCGGGCCGCGGCGAUGGAGGAGGAGCUGAAGUGCCCGGUGUGCGGCGCCCUGUUUCGCGAGCCGAUCAUCCUGCCCUGCUCGCACAAUGUCUGCCUGCCGUGCGCGCGCACCAUCGCGGUGCAGACCCCGGACAACGAGCAGCACCUGCCCCCGCCGCUCCUGCUGCCCCGGGGUCCAGACCCGGACCCUGCGGCCACGGGGGGUGCGGGAGCCUCCGGGGGCGCGGUGGGGGGCGCGGCUGCAGGCGGCGGGGACCACGCGGACAAGCUGAGCCUGCACAGCGAGACUGACAGCGGCUACGGCUCCUACACGCCAAGCCUCAAGUCCCCCAAUGGGGUCCGCGUGCUGCCCACGGUGCCCGCGCCCCCAGGCUCUUCUGCUGCCGCGGCCCGGGGCGCCACCUGCUCGACUCUAGCCGCGUGUUCCUCCAGCUCCAUCACCUGCCCGCAGUGCCAUCGCAGCGCCUCCCUGGACCACCGUGGCCUGCGCGGCUUCCAGCGCAACCGGCUGCUGGAGGCCAUCGUGCAGCGCUUCCAGCAGGGCCGCGGGCCGGCGCCGGGGGCGUCUGCGGCCCCCGCGGUGGCCGUCUGCCAGCUGUGCGACCGCACCCCGCCAGAGCCCGCGGCAGCGCUCUGCGAGCAGUGCGACGUGCUCUACUGCGCCGCCUGCCAGCUCAAGUGCCACCCGUCCCGGGGCCCCUUUGCCAAGCACCACCUGGUGCAGCCUCCGCCGCCGCCUGCGCCCCCCGAGCCGGCCCCUGUCGCCCCUGGCGCGAGCGGCGGCUGCAAGAGCCCCGGGGCCGCAGGCAGUGGCGCGGCGCGUAAGUUCCCCACGUGCCCGGAGCACGACCUGGAGAACUAUAGCAUGUACUGUGCCAGCUGCCGGAGCCCGGUGUGCUACGUGUGCCUGGAGGACGGCCGGCACGCCCAGCACGAGGUGAAGCCGCUGGGCGCAGCCUGGAAGCAGCACAAGGCCCAACUCUCUCAGGCCUUAAAUGGAGUUUCAGACAAGGCCAAAGAGGCAAAGGAGUUCCUGGUUCAGCUCAAGAACAUCCUGCAACAGAUCCAGGAAAAUGGUCUAGACUAUGAGGCCUGCCUGGUGGCUCAGUGUGACGCCCUGGUGGAUGCGCUGACCCGGCAGAAGGCCAAGCUGCUCACCAAGGUGACUAAGGAGAGGGAGCACAAGCUGAAGAUGGUGUGGGACCAGAUCAAUCACUGCACGCUGAAGCUGCGCCAGUCCACGGGCCUGAUGGAGUACUGUCUGGAGGUGAUCAAGGAGAACGACCCCUCGGGCUUCCUACAGAUCUCCGACGCGCUGAUCAAGCGUGUGCAGGUGUCUCAGGAGCAGUGGGUCAAAGGUGCCCUGGAGCCGAAGGUGUCUGCAGAGUUUGACCUGACCUUGGACAGUGAGCCGCUGCUGCAGGCCAUCCACCAGCUGGACUUCCUUCAGAUGAAAUGUAGGGUGCCACCUGCCCCCCUGCUGCAGCUGGAGAAGUGCUGCACCCGCAACAACAGUGUCACACUGGCCUGGAGGACACCGCCCUUCACCCCCAGCCCUGCCGAUGGCUAUGUCCUGGAGCUGGAUGACGGCGAUGGGGGGCAGUUCCGGGAGGUAUACGUUGGCAAGGAGACCCUGUGCACCAUAGAUGGGCUGCACUUCAAUAGCACCUACAAUGCCAGGGUCAAGGCCUUCAACUCCUCGGGUGUCGGGCCAUACAGCAAGACAGUUGUCCUGCAGACGUCUGAUGUGGCCUGGUUCACAUUUGACCCCAAUUCUGGGCACCGGGACAUCAUUUUAUCCAAUGACAACCAGACAGCCACCUGCAGCAGCUAUGAUGACCGGGUAGUGCUGGGCACUGCCGCGUUCUCCAAGGGUGUGCACUACUGGGAGCUGCACGUGGACCGGUACGACAACCACCCAGACCCUGCCUUUGGCGUGGCCAGGGCCAGUGUAGCCAAGGACAUGAUGUUGGGCAAGGACGACAAGGCCUGGGCCAUGUACGUGGACAACAACCGCAGCUGGUUCAUGCACUGUAACUCCCACACCAACAGGACAGAAGGCGGCGUGUGCAAGGGGGCCACUGUGGGCGUGCUGCUGGACCUGAAUAAGCACACCUUGACCUUCUUCAUCAAUGGACAGCAGCAGGGCCCCACAGCCUUCAGCCAUGUGGAUGGUGUCUUCAUGCCGGCCCUCAGCCUCAACCGCAAUGUGCAGGUCACCCUGCACACAGGAUUGGAAGUGCCAACAAACCUGGGGAGGCCAAAGCUGACAGGCAACUAGCCUAGCAGCUCCUGCUGUCCAGCUGGCCUGUGACCGGGGCCUCGCUGGAAAGAGCUGCAUAUCCUCAUGAAGCUCCGGUUACCCAAGGGGACAAUGAGCAAGGAGCAAGUCCUGGGUACAGCUUAGCAGCCACUGAACAUCUGGAGAUGUUUUCUUUGGGGUGGGCUGCAGGCCACGCUGUGGCUGCCACGCCAGUGGAGGACACCAGUGUGUGUUUCACCUUCUUCCACCCAAAUGCUACAGAGACUCAGCACGUGGGGCUUUCCUAAGGGAUCAAGACCUUUGGGACAUGUGUGUGCUUCCUGCUGUCUGACUGCGAAGUUGAUUUUUGUUGGCGGAAAGAGGAAGGCAGACUUUGAGAUUGGCACUCUGAGAUGGAGCUGGGGCUGUGAUGUCACCCAUGCCUGAGUGUUACCCCUGCUGGCAGGUUCUUGUCUCUGCUGGGAGAAGCCAUCCUUCAGCAUUCUGGUUCUGGGGCCUUCAGUACAUGACAUGCCACUUGUAGGCCUAAUUUCAGGACUGAUCAUAAGGGACAUUAAUCAUUAAUACUUGAUUUUUGCUUCUCUCACUGAACUACUGACAACCUUUUAAAGGGCUUCCUUAGGGUCUUUAUUAAUCAACCAGUCGUAUGCUCUCUCUCUCUCUCUCUCUCUCUCUCUCACACACACACACACACACACACACUCAUGGGUUUGUGCAACAGUCGACCACAUGUCAUUUCCUGAGUUCUUAGUUUUUAGCCAUAGAUGGAAACAUUGGAACUUUAAUGCCUGUGACAUGUCUUUGCCUGGAGGUGACUUUUCCUGGAAAUGGAUGCCCCAGAAGCUAACUGGAAAUGUGUCCAGCUGUUCUUCUGAGCCAGGCCACACACACACUUAGAAGCACGGAAGCUGGAGACUCUCAUGUCAGUCAACCUUUUGCUUUGAGACACCCCCACCACCACUAUGUACUGCAGUCAGGAAAGCAUUACAGAUGCAAGAAGUUCCCCAAUGGCAAGAGGGUGGCUCUGCUGACAGGUGGGCAGGACCUGUGAGGAAGACAGGAACUCGAGGGUAACAGCCCACACAGGUGUGCUGUGUCCCAUGGGCCAGGGGGCUCUGGGGUGAGUCCUCCUCCUCCUCCUGGAAACAAGACCAGGAAGAAGUCCACAUUGUCCUCCCACUCCUAGGACCUGGCCUCUGUCUCCUCCCUCAUUCCCUGUGCUCUGCUCCUCUAGCUCCACCUGGAAGUCAGCUUGCUGUCACCUUUCUAAGACUCUGUUAUCAAUCAUGUGAUUUUGACACUAAGGACUGGCUCGUCCAUUUGCUGGGGUGGGUUUUUGUAAGACUCGCCCAUGCCCCGGCACCAACUGUGCUCCCUCAGCCGCUUUCUCAUGCAGAUCCUGUGCCUGUUUCUGAGGAUCCACCACUAGGCUUUCAGGGCCAACCAUCCUACCUCGGACUUCGCUCAUGGCCCACCAUCUGCACAGAUGUGCCAUCGGGCCAGCUGCCCAGUGUCACCAGGAGCAUCGUGGUGCUAUAUCCUGGCCUCCAUGCCAGGCCCCAGUCCCGGGCUUGACUUACCAUUCUCCUUUCCUGUCUGGUGGUUUCUGGCUCUGCUUACCCUGUCUCGGAGCCCUGUCCAAGCUCUCUCAGUCACAUACAGGACCUGGCCUGCUGUCCUCAGCUGCUUGGAUGCCUCCCUCAUCCACUCUCCUUUAGCCUUGGCCACAGCCCCAGCUUCAGGGCCCUGGAUCUACAUGCAGCAGAUGCCCAAAGGCUGAAGAACACAGAGAAGCCACAGCCCUCUUGGGCCAAGGAAGCCAUGGUAAGGUCCACAAGUCCAGAUGCCCAUGGCUUUGGGAGUGUCUUCCUGUCUUGAAGAAAACAGGCCAUGCCCUAGGCAUGCAGGCAGUGCUGGCAAGGCUGGGCCGCAGGCAGGGCAAGGCUGUGAAGUCAAGGAAAGUCCUUGCAGUCAGCAGAGGGUCACAAGGUCACCAAAAAUCACCCAUCUUGAAGCAGGAGCAGUUCAGGGAUGCCUGGGGGAGCCAGCAGCUAGAUCAGAGGUGGUGCAGAAAUACAGAUGGGAAUGCCCACAAUUUCAGGUGGUUUGUUUUUUUUAAGCAGUGCUGGAGACCAAACCCAGGGCCCCACACAUACUAGGCAAGCACCCACCACUGAGCCACAUCCUAGCCCUCCAGUGGCCUCUUUAAGAACAAAGUUGCCUCAAGUCCUAAGAGGAGCAGCCAGGACAGUGCAUUGGGUGGGGGCAUGCCCCUUUUCUUACCGGCACCAGAGCCCAGAAGCAGUAUGGCUGAUACCAGGGCAGUGCCAGGCAGUCCUUCCAAGCUACCCCAGGCACAGCUCCUCUCAGGGCAAGCAUGGGCCACCAAGAGAAGGGCAGGCUGACCAUGCACUUGUGCUCUUGAGGGAUCCGAAAAGCAAAGAAGGAACUUACCAACUCUUUAAGGCAGAAGUAGUAGAAGGGAGAGACAGGUCAUGGAAUUCUCAUCACCACUCUGCAGUAUGGACAGAUGUUUGUACAUAAAUGAGAUCAGGAUGAUGCUUCAGUUGGGCUGGCUGAGAAUACCUUGGUGUAAAUCUAUCUAGCAGUUUCCAUGAGAAAGGAACUCAGAGUAGCUUAAGAUGUGGAGUUCCACUGUAUCACAAUCGAUGCCUCUGUACAUAGCCCCACAGUUCUUUCUUUGCUAGCAAGCCACUCUGAUCAAAGUGUACUCAAGUUCAUCUCUUUUAGUACUCACUGGCAUCCUCCCUCAUUCCGAGCAUCCAGCUCCUGCUCCAAAACGGGAGGGCAGUGCCCACAGCAGCCCUUUCUUCCUUCUCUGUCCACUUUGGGACAUAAUGAUCCCAGUUUUAGUGAACAUGGGUGCUCAGCCUAAGCACUGUGACCCAGGCUGAUCGCAAGGCUGUGUGUCCUCUGUAGCUGUGACAGCACCCUUAAUGCCCUAUGGCCCCCAGGAUGGGGGUGGCAUGCUUCUCAGAGAAAGCCAAUGUGACACCAUGGUGCUUCCCAAAAGACAGGGAGGCAUUCCUCCUGAGCCCUUUCUCUGCUCAGUGCCCCUUGCUUGCUAGAGCACCUUCAGGCAGAAUCAGAUGCAGCACCGAUGCGCACUCUCCCAGGAUUCCUGCAUCACUCCAGUGAAAGGCUGUCCUCCUCUCACUGUUUCAGUAACAGUGGCAGGUGGUUGCCACCUGCAGCUGGGAGGGUGGGUGACCCCUUUGGGAUCUCAACAUGGGAAUGCUGAAGUACCCCGUAACAGGAUUGGAUGAAGCCAGUUUCUGACCUCUAUGGUACUUUGGGGCAACCUCCAGUUAGUUGUGACAACCACAUGUAUCUAGAGGUUGCUGGCUAUUCCUGGGGGUUGUCCCCACUGAGGACCCCAGGGUCAUGCUACUGGUCUGUCAUUCAUCAAUAUUCAGAGUGAUGGUAGCCUCCACUUCUGUGUUGCACUGAGACCCUGUAUUACAAAGCUGCCGACUCUCAUGUCAGCCCAAGACCAGGAUUUACCACAAGCCUUCGGGUGGGGAAAGGGUGAGCCACAAGCAGAUGCCAUGGUCCCAGGUCACACAUCUCUGCUCCUGGAGGAUGUCUGGCACCACCCUCCUUCCUUAGAGAGGAAAAACUUACGUUUAUUCCUUGGCCACUAGAAACAACAGACUUUUUAAUGAGUCUGUGGUCUUCAGCAGGUUAUAAAAAUUAAUCAGAUAUUUCUAGAACAUAUUCAAAGUCUGUGCUGAUCCUGGGAAAUCUCAGGACUUUUUUUUUUUUUUUAAGUGGGCCUGUAGCUGUUGUCACUGACAGGAAUCCUGGCAGCUUAGGAAACAGGCUGCAGAAAGAUGCAGGUGGGCUCGGCACAGAAUGAUGCACUGACCACACAACAGGUGCAGCCCUCAAGAUGCUUACCUCUCUUAACCUGGCUUUGACAUUGGUUCAUGGCAUGGGUCGGGGCAAAUCUCUGAAUCUUUCUAUGCCUCAGUAUCCCCACCUGCACAUGGGACUAGUCACAAUAACCUACCUCCUCUUCUGUCUUGUGAGGAUCAUGGAAUAGCACUUUUUGAAGAAAAAAAAAACCUUGCAGUCUCUCAAGUCUAGGCCAGUGGCUCACAUUCGACGGAUCAAAGCUGUGUGGUGAUUUUCUACAGUCCUCUGACCACAUGUCUUCCAUCUAAGUCUCCUUGAACCACGACAAGUAUUGACUACACAGCUGUCUGGCUGGAGGAGGUAGAAGAGGCAUUUAAGACAGCUGUCACAUGACCACAGACAGUAACAUCCCAAGUGUUGCAUUCCCAAGGAGGUCUGGGUUAAUGGUGCUCUGUUCAAGUGCAGGGAAGAUGCUGUCACCAAUUUCGUAGCUUCAAGCAGAAGCCCCCACCAAGCCAAGGAGACAUUAAGGUGGCAUUCUGCCUCCCUGGUCACUAAGUCCUGGUGUCCAAGAGCUCCCUCACCCACAAGCUCUCUGUAGAAAGCAGAGAGCUCAUGACUGCUGGGACUUCACUUUCUGAGCUAUUAAGGGAGAAGUCUCAAUGGAUGAUGUUGACUUCAAUUGGACAGAGUUGGGAGUUGACUGCAGGGAAGUCUCAACUGGAAGCAACACUAUUCUUUCAAGAGGCACAGCUCAUGGUGGGCACAGCCUCCAACCUAGUCCUAGGAAAGGCCCUGAGGCUUGUGGGCCAAUAAAGUGGGCACAGGGCACCAGGCCAGGGCCCUGGGCAAGGCUUCGGGGCUGCUGGUGACCAUGAGAGCAGGACUUGGGGGGUGCCUGUUCCAUGAGACAGGCCUGGGACAGCCAUUCCAAUCCCUCCCACUGGAGUCUGGACUUCAUGAGCCGCACAGGGUCUCAGCACUGGAAGGGGCAAGCAGACAAAGCGGAAAUGUAAAUGCAUGAUGUAGAAUUGCUGCCUUCACACUACACUGUUGUAUUAAGCAUGAGGUGUUUGUUUAACAUUGGCAAAGGAAUUUAACAAGAAAAAAGCUGUGUCCUUAUUUUGGCUGUCGACAAACCUUCCAUUUUCCUGCCUUUCUUUGCCCCUGCUUCCCACCCUCCCCAUCACAUCACUUUGUCCCUCGUGGUUGGUGUUUGGUGGCACAUCUUGGUCCUGUGGCUGUUCAUGUUCCAUGGAAAACACAGAGGGGUGGGGAGUGGUGAGGCAAGUAAUUUUUUCUAAUUUUUGUAUUGGUAUCCACAAGCGUUUGUAUUUUUUGAAUUGCAAACACUGUGUUUUGUGGUCUUUGGGGGUUGGUUGCACUUUCUGUAUUACCUUUUGAAAAACUUGAGUUUUAUCAGUCUUAAGCAGACUUGAAAUAAAUUCUUUUGACACUGCCA